AUGAAGUUCGAUAUUCCAGAGUCCGAUUAUCGAAUGCGUCGAAGUUCAACAUCAUGCUCAUCGAUUAGCUCGUCCAGCUCAGAAUAUUGUGAUUUUAGCCCUCAACCAGCGCUAAAUUUGCCUUCAAAGGUUUUGGAUCGACUUAAACAGUAUAUGCCUGAAGUUCCAAGCGAUCAAGUGGCUUAUAAGAUUCUUACCGAUUCGGUUGCUCAUCUUCUAGAACUCGAACGCCAACUCGAAUCGCUUGAAGCACAAGCCAAACUGUAUCGAAUGUCGCACAACGCUGAUGUGCCUGAUGAUCUCGCUGACGUCGAUGUCAGCGCCUUCAGACAUCUCGUCCUCGAAAAACCACAAUAG